GUGGGAAACUACCGGUUUGAAAGACGCGGCUUCACUUGCUUUUCUGCACCAAGAUGGCAAGAAUCAGACGAAUGGAGAAAGCUGUUUGCUGGAGCGAUGACAGAUACUGGGCAACUUGGGACAAGUGGGGAGAGGUGAUUGACUGGGGAGAUGAGAAAGAGCUGUGCUCCCCAGCAGAAUCACCUUCUGACCAGGCUGACAGUUCCACUGAGUCACAUUCCCGAAGGCGAAUUGCCAAGGCAGUUAGCUGGACGGAUGAUGCUUAUUGGGCAGCCUGGGACAAGUGGGAAGAGAUCAUCUGCUGGGCUGAUGAAGAGGAGUGCUCCCAAGUAACUCCACCCACUAGCCAGCUUGGGAGGGAUAAGGGGAUAGAUGUACAUGGGUUAGAGGCUUUUGUGAUGAAUAACAGGACAAUCUCCAUAAAGCCUGUAGACAACCAUCGAGACAGUCUGGAGAUAGGAGCUGUGCUGGUAGACCUCUGCCAGUUUGAUCUCGAAUAUUUAGAUCAAAGUAAAUUUGGUUUUGAAAUUGUACAAGUACAAAUUGGAGAAGUCAAAGUGGAGGAGACUAGAGAAAAGGCUUUUGAAAAAGCAUUUGAAUUGGAAAUUGUGGAUGUGGCAGUAGAAGUUGUAAACAGUGAAUUCCAACUGAAUGCAAUAAAUUUGGAUAUUGUUGAGACUAAGGUGGACAAAUUCUUAUUGGAAGAAAUGAUCAUUGGCGAUUUAGAAGCAGGCAAUGUGAAGGUGUCAGUAUCAAAUGGCAAUGUGGUGAAGGUACCCUUAAGGUACCCUUCACCACAGAGGAACAGAAGGACCAGGCAACCUUAGACCAUACUCUCUGGUGGUUGACUCGUGGCAACUGGACUUGUCUCUGAAAGUUAGAAAUGUUUCGCUGCUCAUCCAAGCAGCUUCUUCAGCCUGAGGGAGGUAGUAAGUGUCCACAUAUUUAUCCUCCUGGGUAAGUAGUCUAAGGGGGCUCGUUGAGUGAAACAAAGUGGGGGGGGGAGUUGCGGGUAGAUGUAACCAUCACACCUUAGCAGUCCCUCCUACUCCAAUAGAGUGGGUCGUUAAGGGUGGUCCACCUGGUGGAGGUGUUAAUUGGGUCUGUUUUUUUCCUGGGAAUUAUUUUUGUUUUGGCAAAUGAUGAGAGGGCCGCAGGUUAAAUUGGAGACAGGUUGUGCCUAAUGCCUCUACCUCUGUUGAGUGAGGGAUUGUGCAUUUGCACAUGCAAAGCUGCUUGGACGAGCGGUGAAACGUUUCUACCUUUCAGAGAGGUACAAUGUCUUUGGAUGUCUUUUGUCUUAUGCAGUCUGGGAGUUGACUGAAUGCUGGGGCGGGGGUAGCUUUUCCUUUGUAGUGGGGUCCGGUGGGGCGCCUUGGGCUCUGUGGGGCCCGGUGGUGCUGCUGCCUUGGGCCCCGGUCUGGAUGGGCCUGGGCCCCCCUCCCUGGAUGGAUUUCGGGGAACGGGGAGUGCCUAUGGGGGUCAGCGGGGGGAGCUGGCUCCGGGGGGGGAGGUAUUUUGCCCCCCCCCAUUCCUUUCCUCCCCAUCCCUAAAUGCUUCCCUCCUCCCGCUCCAUCACACCACCACACAUGUAGGGCUUUGAGGUGUAGGUGCGUUGCUGGGAUGCAGGGUAGGUAUUCCUCCUCUGUCCCCUCGCGACCACCUGUACCUCAUUCAUACACUACAACGUAGACACUCUCAUUACUUACUCUCUCAUGACACAUACAUUUAGGGCGUUGGGGAUGGGCACA